CAGAGCUGUGCUGCCUCCAGGAGGAGAAGGCAUGGCUGCUGCAGAGAAGGCUGGAAGGCUCCUGUCCCUGAAUGGGCUCUUCCCCGUCUACAAACCUAAAGGGCCCACGUCGGCCAAGAGCCUGAACGAGCUGAAGAGGAGGCUGCUGGGAGAAGCCGGUCUGAAGGAAUUGGGGAAGAAGAGGAAGCAGACGAUAAAGAUUGGACACGGGGGGACUCUGGACAGUUCGGCUUGCGGCGUGCUGGUGGUCGGCAUCGGAGAAGGGACGAAGAUGUUGGGGACCAUGCUGGGGGGGAGCAAGAAAUACACGGCAAUCGGUGAGCUGGGGAAGGGAACUGACACUCUGGACGCAUCGGGGAAAGUGAUAGAAGAGAAGCCGUAUGAUCACAUCACCAGAGAGGAGCUGGAGAAGGUGCUGGAGACAUUCACGGGAGACAUCAUGCAGGUCCCCCCGCUGUACGUAUAUAUAAGAGGAGGCGGCCAUUGCUCUGUACUGCUGGAAAUGCUGCUUACCUGGCUGUCUCAUCACAUCACCAGAGAGGAGCUGGAGAAGGUGCUGGAGACAUUCACGGGAGACAUCAUGCAGGUCCCCCCGCUAUUUGUUGGCCUCGGACUUGUGGUUCUCCCCGGCGGCAUUGCGUGUUCUCUGACAGUCCGCUCUUCUCUCCCCCAUGCAGACAUCGAGUGCGGCGGAGGAUUCUAUGUCCGCAGUCUGGUCAGAGACAUCGGCAAAGCUCUGUCAAGUUGUGCCAGCGUGAAGGAUCUGACCCGCACCCAGCAGGGCCCCUUCACCUUGGAGGAGCACGCCCUGAGAGAGGACCGCUGGAGCAUCGCGGAGGUCGCCCAGGCCCUGCAGGAUUAUUCCCAUCUCCUGACUCCGGGGCCCGGGUCCAAACGGCUAAAAACGGAGGAGAGCGAUCCCGCCGGAGAGUGACGG